UUUAUAAUGGCUGAAAUCAAUAGCCAUCUUCACAUAUCACCCUUCCAUUUGCUUCCCUAUAUAUAGAUAUAGUGAUCCAUCGAAGAGAUGAUGGAGAAAGAAGAAGCCAUGAGAAAGGGGCCAUGGACCGAAGAAGAGGACGUUCAGUUGGUGUUCUACGUUAACUUAUUCGGCGACCGGCGUUGGGACUUCAUUGCUAAAGUAUCAGGUCUCAAUCGCACCGGCAAGAGUUGCCGUCUGCGCUGGGUCAACUACCUCCGCCCCGGCCUCAAGAGGGGCAAAAUCACCCCCCACGAAGAGCGCCUCGUUCUCCAACUCCACUCCAAAUGGGGAAACAGAUGGUCAAGAAUCGCCAGGAAAAUACCCGGUCGCACUGAUAACGAGAUCAAGAACUACUGGAGAACCCACAUGAGGAAGAAGGCUCAGGAACAGAAGAAGAAGGCCGCCGAUAUCCCUCAAUCCUCUUCCUCCUCCUCCUCAUCCUGCUCCUCCACCGCCGCCAAGGGCCCCAGCUUCUAUGACACCGGCGGGAUGGUGGGCGAAAACAACAACAACAAGUGCAAGGCGGCUGCGGAGGACUUGUAUUCCAUAGAUGAAAUAUGGAAGGACAUAGAGCUGUCUGAAGAGAGUAGCAAUUUUCCAAUCACAUCUUCUCUAGUAUGGGAUUUCCCCACAAAUGAUUCUCUGUGGUCUCAUGAUGACCAAGAGAGCAAGAUGCAGAUGAAUCCCCCCUACGAUUCUUUCCCUUUUUACAAUCACCAUAUCUAUGGCUAAUUCCAUUCAUUUUUAAGCUAUCAAUUUUGUGAAUUUGCAGGCAUAAGCUGGCAGUUGCUAACUUUUUGUAUAUAGUUUUUCUCUCAAAUAAAUAGAAUGAAUUCGCGAGUUUCUAAUAAGCACCAUCAUGUAGCAUAUCUCUGUUCUCACGAAUGAUACGCGCUGGAGAGUCUACAAGCGGGGAAGCAGGGAGGUAGUUUGGCCCAACCAAACGGCUGAGUAAAAGAAGGAGUCAAAGCUGGAAAAUCUCGGCAGUAGUUAGAUGAUAUUUCCUGAUUUAUUUCCUGAUUUAUUGUUGCAUCUUUUUAGCAUUAUCAGUUAUUUGUAAGCCUUUAAAUAUUGAGGAACCGAGAGAGGAAAAAGGCAUCUUGGGAAAUCAGUAUUUUGGGCGUUUAGACGCAGGCCUCCUUGGUGAGGAUUGUUCUCUCAAUUCAUUUCAAUUCCAGUUAGUUUAUCAAUAAAGCCGGGUUCUUAUUUCCUUUA